AUACGGAAUCCCCAUCUCUCUCUAGAAAAACAAACACCUCCACCCCCGUCUCCCUCUUUCACAAAUUGACGCAGAAAGGAUAACAGAUAGGAGAGAGAAUUUGGUGAAGAGGUUUUGGAGAGAGAAAACUAGUAAUAAUGGGGAGAUAUUUGGGGAAGUGUAAAGGUGUAGUCGGCGAAACUGCGGUGGUAGGGGUUAAAACCAGAGCUCGAGCUGCUCUAGCUAUGGCUGCAGCAGCUUCUGCAACUUCUUCGCCGGCAAAGAAGAUCAAGAAGGUUUCAAAGUCGCCAUAUAAUAUUCCUCAGCUAAGAAAUCGGCGAAAGAAUUUGUCGGCGCUGGAUAAUUCCACCGACAAAGAAACGACGCCGUCGGCAGCUGCGGUGGUUGUUGACGAAGAAGAGGUUGCGAAUUGCUCGGGCAGCGAGGUGAUUACUACAACCAGGUCCGAUUUUCCGGCGUCUUGUUGCUCAAGUAUUUACGGUCAGCUGAGUUCUAACAAAUCAGACGAAAUUGUUAAGGGUGAUGAUGAUGGUAGUUUGAGAAUUAGUACUCCAGAUCCAGAGGUUGAGAGCGGUGAGGCGUCGACAAAGCAAAAAGACUGCCAUAGAACAGAACCGAGAGAAGCUACAAAAUCAGACGACCAGGAAUCUCCAGCAACGACGGUUCCAGAUACGAAAUCGACGGUGGAGAUGAAGAUGAAGAUGACGCCGUCUAAUUCAGAAAUCGAAGACUUCUUUGCUGCUGCCGAGAAAGACCUCCACAAACGCUUCAGCGAUAAGUACAAUUUCGAUGUAGUGAAGGAUGUUCCAUUGGAAGGUCGUUACGAUUGGGUUCCAAUAAAGCCAUGAGAAGAAGACUUGUGUGAUGGAAUGGCUGAAUUUUCCUGCCACUGAAACUGCAAAGUAAAUCUUAAUUUUAGCUUUUUUUUCUUUCUUUUUAGCAGAAAUUGAUCUAAUUUCUCAACAUAAAAAAAUGAAAAGAGAAAGUAGCAGUGUUAAUUACUGGUAGCUAGUUAUUUUAGUUGGGAAUUAUUUUAGUCGUUGGGGAAGAAGAAGAAGUAGUGGGUAAGUACUAAGUACUAGUGGAUUGUACAUUCUGUCUCCUUGUGUAUCUUCAGUAAUAGUACUCUUUCAGGAAA